AUGGAUUUUCAACGAAUUUGUCGAAUUUGUCUAGAAUCUAGUAGCAAAGAAACAUAUGAUAUUUACACAAGUUAUUCUGUUAAAAGAAAGACUUUAUACGCAGAAAUGCUUUCGAAUUGUACAAAACUAAAGCCAUGUAAAGAUGAUGGAUUACCUAGAUUAAUCUGCAAAGAGUGUAGUAGGCAGCUUAAACGAGUGUAUGCAUUCAACAUACAAUGUGAGGAGAGUGACAAGAAACUUAGAUCUCACUUGGAUUAUAAACCUAUUUUGGAGGACUGGAAUGGUGAUUACAUAGAAUCAGAAAUCAAGGAUGAAGAUUUAAAUCCGGAAAUGCAUCAAAAUGUACAUGUUAAUGUAAAAAAAGAAUCUCAAAUUACACAUACUCCAGAAGAUAAUGUUAUGCAUUCUAAUUUAAGGGAAUUAAAUGACGAGAUCAAACUUGAGCCAGUUUGCAAAGAUGAAGAUGCAGAAGACAGUUGUUGGGAUGGAGAAGAUGAUAUGUUGCUUGGAGAAAUCAAGUCAAAAAAAUUGUUGAAAGAUGUCAUACACAGUGAAAAUAGACCUGAAAAGAAGAAAGGAAGGAAAAGAAAAAGCGAUGAAAAUACAUUAGAUGGUGAAAAGCAGGUACCGGAGAGUAAGCUGCCACAUCAGUGUGAAGUUUGCGGCAAGUUUCUGAGCACUAAAAGCAAUCUUAAAGCUCAUAAAUUAUGCCACAGUGAUAUGCGGCCGUAUAAAUGUGACAAAUGUCCAUCAGCAUUUAGAGGCCACAGCACCCUAAACCAGCACAAGAAGCUACACACGGGAGAGACUCCAUACCACUGCGAAUACUGUCCAAAGCAGUUUAGACGACGCACAGGCCUCAUCAACCAUAUACGGAUGCACACUGGUGAGAAGUUGUUUAGCUGUGAUAUAUGUUUCAAGAGCUUUGUCCAAAGCGCGCAACUCUCUAUACACAUGAAGAGGCAUAAAGGCGAGAAACCAUUUUUAUGUCAGGACUGUGGUAAAGGUUUUCCUAUCAAAGCUGACCUAAAAGUGCAUCAAAGAAUUCACAAUGGCGAAAAGCCAUAUUCUUGCCAUUUAUGUAAUAAAACCUUUGCCACAUCCGGCAAUCUAUCCAUACACGUUAGAAUACAUAAUAAAGAAGUUAGGUACAAAUGUAAGGAAUGUCAACGUGGCUUUGUCACGUGCAGCGCGUACAACGUACACUUGAAGCGACAUAAAGGUCAACGGGACUAUCAUUGCGAGUGUGGUAAGACGUUCUACACGUCGUCCGCACUCAAACAGCACAAAGUGGUCCACACCGGCGAGAAGAAAUACACGUGUAAGAUAUGCGAGAGGAAGUUCUCGCAGUCGAGCCACUUGGGUAGACAUUUCAAACGGGACCACGCAAAGCCGAAUGUGCCGGUGCCAUCUACAGAUUAUUACAAGUUGAUCGUUGAAACGGAAAAAAAGCCCUCCUUCGACGCGUUCGCCGUUCAAAAAAUACCGCGAAACGAGACUGUCAAAUGUGAAGGAUCAUAG